UUUUAACGGCCCCUCGCGUGUUUAUAUACAUAGCACAGCGUACAAACGUUGUUGUUGUCGUUUUUGAUCGACGUUUCGAACGCGUACACGGGCUUUUUAGAAUUUGAAAGAAAUUCGAACCGCGUGUGUGGGAUUUUGUCAUCGUGUGUCAAUCGAGUGCAAGUGUUGGUGAUCCACUAAUCGAUUAUAUUACAAGUAAUUAUUGGCGUGUUUGAAGUGCUUUAUUUUUGGUGUCGUGCGCGUGUUGUUGUCGUGUUGGUGCGUGACAAUUUUAACUCGCGUUGCAACUCAAUUGCCGCGUGAUAUGUGAAAUUGGAGCCAGCAGCUGAAAUUUUCGACUUUGCAGUUGACGCAGCAUAGAAGAAAAAUAUUUCCGGAGCAAGAAGCGCCGAGCAUACCGGUUAGCCCUGACCUUAUUAUAUAUAGUGCCGCAGAGAGAGAGAAAGGACAUAACGUUCCCACGUGCUGUGUCGCUGCUCCUAUUGAAGCAGUGUGCACUUGCAGCUGCAAAGCGACUAGAGCGAGUGAUCUGCGAGCAGCAAGGAUCAUGAGUACGGAGUUUUAAAGGAACAGGGACACCAAGUGACAGCUGCAAAUCUCGCGAAGAUGGAAGACGAGCUACGCUGCCCGUCGUGCAAAAAGUUGUACGUCGAGCCGGUACUGCUGCCCUGCUGGCACUCGCUUUGCCUGGCGUGCGCCGUAAAUCUGCAGGCUCAGCCCUCCUCGGUGGGCCCGGCCGAGGGCUCGGCCUCGUCGACGACGUCCUCGAGCCACGAGUCGAGCUCCAACGGCAACGGCCACGUCGUCGGCACCGACAAUCACAACGGCCACAACGGUCACAACGGCAGCCUCAACUGCGACCCGGAGGCCGACAAGGUGUCGAUCCUCUCGGAGACGGACUCGGGCGUCGUGUGCAGCACGAGCAGCGCCGCCUCGACCGGCAGCUCGAGACCCGGCAGUUACGUCGGCACACCUGGCAACGGGGGUGGCUUCCCGCCGAGCGGAGGCACCCUCUGCCUCAGCUGCCCGGUCUGCCAGAAGACGGUCUUCUUCGACGACGGCGGAGCCAACAACCUGCCCAAGUACAAGGCCAUGCAGAGGAUCGUCGACAAGUACCUCGAGUCCAAGAACGUCAAGCUGCUUUGUCAGAUGUGCGAGAAGGAACCGCGAGAAGCUACGGUCGCCUGCGAGCAGUGCGAGGUACUGUACUGCGAGGGCUGCCGAGAGUCGUGCCACCCCAUGCGCGGGCCCCUGGCGGCACAUCACCUGGGCCCGGCUCAGGGUACCUGGUCGACGGGUCCCCGGAACUCGGGCUCGCGCCUCGACAACGGUCUGCACCACGGCUCGGGCUGCGCGGAGCACUCGGGCGAGCAGCUGAGCCUCUACUGCGCCCUGUGCAAAGUCGCCGCCUGCGGAUUGUGUCUGCGGGAUCGUCACACGACCCAUCCGCACGACGUGUUGCCGCUCACCGCCGCCUGCAAAGCACAAAAGACCGAACUUUCGCAAAAUCUUCAACAGUUGUCAGAAAGAGCGCGUUCGACAACGGAGUUCAUUCAGAGACUUAAAAGAAUGACAGAUAAAGUGCACGAAGAGUGCAUCUCUCUGGAAGAAGACGUAGAGGAACGCAUAAAUGCUCUGAUAACUCAGCUACAAUCGCGGAAAAUGCGCUUGGUCGAGGCGGCGCGGCAGACUCGCGAGGCCCGAGUGCGUCUUCUACGAGAGCAAGUGUCGCGCUGCGCCAGCCAUCUACAAACCACCACGGGUUUGCUGACCUUCUGCAUCGAGGCGCUGAAGGAGACGGACAGCGCAGCUUUCUUACAGAUCGGCGGUAUGCUGGCGAUGCGCGCCGCCGCGGCCGCCGGCUCCUGGGGUGGCGCCGAGGGUGUUCAGGAAAUUGCCAGACUGCCGCUGCUCGAUCUGACGCUCGACGACAAGCCCGUCAGAAGAGCCAUCGAUCAGCUGACUUUUGUACAGAUGAAACAAUCGAUGAUGACUGAUCGAACGGGCUUCAUUUUUGCAACUACUACGGACGCAGCAGCGAUGGAAGGAGAGGAACCUUAUCCUACAACAGCUCCAGGAGCACCAUUGCUCAUAGCCGAGGAAUGCAGUGCCGAGAACAACAGCGUUACCGUAGCAUGGCAAGCUCCACACGUACCGGGACAGCGGGGACCUGCUAUCGAAGGUUAUUUGCUCGAACUUGACGAUGGAUGCGGGGGAGAAUUUAGGGAAGUCUACUGCGGCAGAGAGACCAUCUGCACGGUCGACGGUCUGCACUUCAAUUCGCUGUACAACGCCAGGGUACGGGCCUUCAACAGCGCCGGCGAGGGUGAAUAUUCCGAGCUCAUCGGCCUGCAGACGGCCGAAGUGGCUUGGUUCUCGUGGGCACUGAGCGCGCCGGGUGUACCUCAAGAGAUCUCUAUGUCGGAAGACUGCAUGAGCGCGGCCUGCGAGGGCUACGAGCAUCGGGUCGUCCUGUCGAACGUUGGAUUUUCUCGAGGCAUUCAUUACUGGGAGAUCAGCAUCGAUCGCUAUCACAGCGAUACCGAUCCGGCCUUUGGGAUCGCGCGAGCCGACGUGUCUCGCGAUCAGAUGCUCGGCAAAGACGAUCGCGGCUGGAGCAUGUAUAUCGAUCGUCAGCGCUCGUGGUUCAUGCACGCUGGUAUGCACGCUCAACGCACAGACGGUGGCAUACAGCAAGGCGCCACCGUGGGCCUUCUGUUGGACCUCGAGCACACGCAUACCUUGCGAUUUUUCGUCAACGAUCAAGCCCAGGGUGGUAUAGCCUUUCGCGACCUCUACGGGGUCUUUUAUCCGGCUUGCAGCUUGAACCGCGGCGUCACCGUCACUCUGCACACGGCCUUGGAGGUACCGCGACACCUGCUCAUUCAGACCAGCAACGGAAUCGAGCAUCAGAUCGACGACUCUUAUGUGGUCGGCGACGUGCUUCAGAGCUAGGGGUACCUCAACGUGCUGAGGAAGGGAUUGAUUUUUCAACAGGAAUUACUGCAGAUACCCAUCUCUUUUGGUCACGAACGUUUCAAGGAGCUGAGUGAAUUGGCCCAGGUACAGACUCUCGAAAGAAUUGUAGAGGAGAACGAUAUCUGCGCCUAGUCUGUGUUUCAGCGAAACCCGUCAAAUCUUCGGUCUCGUAUAUUGCCAUAAUGAAGAACGUGAUUAUUAAUGAAUUAUAAGUAAAGCGUAUAAACCACCGAUUGACUAUUUUUCACAUUUCCUGUACUUAUACUUAUGAGUGUCUUAAACGGAAAUUACUUAGAUGUUACUUAUUAAAAUAAUAUACAUUAGCGAUAAUCCCAAGUAUUAUAGACGCAAGAUUAAUAUAUAAACUUAUAUUUAACUGAUGUUUUUUGAUGUGUAUCGAUAGGAAGGUUCAUGCGAAUUACGAGCUUUUAUAGUAUAAGAACAUGUGAGAAAAAAGUAUUUAUUAGAUAGACGAUGUAUCGACUUUAAACUUUUAUUCGUCGUUAAAGAGUUGAAGAAUCGAUACUACUGUGCAAGUACAUACCCUUCAUAGAAUUUAUACAAUGGAAAUUAUAUUAAAUAUAUUAACGAAUUGAAAAUUAAUAUCGAAAGAUAUCAUAUCGACUGUCGUAAAUGUCAUUUUUCAUGUAAGUAUUAAAUUUCCACGAUAAAGUAAUGGUGAAACCCUUGCCUUUUUCUAAAAUCUACUCACAAUAAAAAGUCAAAGUAUAUCGAAUAAGUUUUACAAUUUGAUAUGCAUUUUUCUAUACGGAAAAAACCUUUAAUUUAGAUUCUGAACGAAAGUUAACGCUUUAUAUUUGAGAUGUUUUGGGGAAGUAUGAAUGAAACUGUGUGCGAAACGUGAUAUAUCAUUUAUUGUGAUAUUAAAAAUGUUUUGCAUUAUAUGAAAUCUGCCUGUAGAGUUAUAAUAAAGCUGAAGAUACACUACGUCGAAAUUUUUGUAAUCAUUCAAUGAGAAAUGUAAGUCAUUAUCAUAUAAAAAUUAAAUUAAAUUAUGAAUAAUGUAAAUAGAGAGCUUGAUGCAAACCUAUAAAAUUUUCUUCCAAAAACCGUAAAUUUAAAUCUUGCCAAUAUCGAGCACCCACGAGCACAUAUCACGAGAAAAAAGUACCCGCACACAAGAGUAAAUGUAAUAAGCGAAUAAAAUACGAAACCUUGGUACGUAUAUAUUAUAUAGCGUAGAGUGUAGUAUAUGCAAUAUAUUUAAGUGUAACUAUGUGUAGCAACGCGCAGCGAGAAGUCUCAUCUUACGCACAUACGCAUACUCAUACGCAUUUAUGUUUAAGGGAUGAUGAUACGAGCUUACUGCAUCAAUGCUCUUAUGAACACAUUGUACAUAAAUGUAAAUAUAUAUAUAUUUAUAAAUACGUUAUACCGAUCGUUUGAAUGUCCUGAGUGCAAGAGCCUAUGAGCGCGUGUAUAACGUUUCGUACAUUGUAUACAUAUAACACAUACUGUAUUCUGUAUCCGACCAAUAAAACGUAUGAUUAUACGCCUCUA